CAGGGAUUUUUAGAACCAUGGGUGGGGGUAUAAACAGCGAGUGAGUUGUGUCUAGGCGAGACGAGUUUUUAUAUCCAAAACGCAGAGAAAUAAAAUCCGAGAAAUGGCCGCUGCCAUCUUAGCUCGUAGGUCUCUCGCUGCUCUUCGUUCUCGCCAGCUUGUUGCAGCUGGGCAAUCAUUGCAGGGGACGAAUGGUUAUGGAGUUAGACAUGGCACAUGUUCAUUUUCGACAAAGCAGUCUUUUUCUACUGACAAAGAUGAUGAAGAGAGGGAAAAACUUUCGAGGGAGAUUGCUAAAGAUUGGAGUUCUGUGUUUGAGCGUAGCAUCAAUACCUUAUUUCUCACUGAAUUGGUUCGGGGUCUGAGUUUGACGCUCAAGUACUUUUUUGAACAAAAAGUUACUAUUAAUUAUCCAUUUGAGAAGGGUCCUCUGAGCCCCCGCUUUCGUGGAGAACACGCCCUCCGACGUUAUCCUACUGGGGAGGAACGAUGCAUUGCCUGCAAACUCUGUGAAGCUAUAUGCCCUGCUCAAGCAAUCACAAUUGAAGCUGAGGAACGUGAAGAUGGAAGCCGAAGGACGACUAGGUACGACAUUGAUAUGACUAAGUGCAUCUACUGUGGAUUCUGUCAAGAAGCAUGUCCUGUUGAUGCAAUUGUUGAAGGACCAAACUUUGAGUUUGCUACUGAGACUCACGAGGAGCUUCUUUAUGAUAAGGAAAAACUACUUGAGAACGGUGACAGAUGGGAAACUGAAAUUGCAGAGAACCUACGAUCCGAAAGUCUUUACAGAUGAUCACUUUAAUUACGUCAGUUCAGAAGUUCCUAGUUCCUAUGUUGCUUAUCGACUGAAAUGUGAUAUCUGGUGGUACCAUUGGAUUAUUGGUCACUAGCUUAAUAAUGGUCUGUUUAAAGCCUACAGAGAUUGAUGUACUUGCUACAUAGUACAUACUGCUUUUUGUUUGCGAUAUAAUUUUCCUUGUGUAUUACUUGGAUAUAAAUUUGGAUGGUGAACGUUAACAGUGGCAAGUUUGAUCUGCUAUGCGAUUGUAAUUUUUAUUUUGUGUCA